AUGGAGAUGAAGAAACAGUCUCAAAAUGAUAAAGGUGGACAUAUUCACCCUGUGACAAAAGCGUUUAGAAAUAUCAGAAAGGAGAAGACGAGAUGUAGCGACUGGUCCAACCUUAGUCCUGACGUUUUGCGAAAGAUUUUAGAGACACUGAGCCCUAUUGAUUCUCACCAAGCAAAAGCCGUUUGCUCAGAUUGGUUUUCCGUUUGGAAAACAUGCUUGAAUCGUCCUCCGUGUCCUUUACGCAUCAUACACCAAGGUGAAAACGAGUCCUCUAUAAAAAACACAAGAAGAGGACUUAAAGAAAGCAGCUAUUGUAUGGCUAGCUCCGGGAGUUGGAUCCUGAUGGUUGAUUCUCGUUUUCAUUUCCAUCUUUUGAACCUGUUAACGCGCAAAAGGAUCAAUCUCCCAGCAAUCGAUGAUUGGAAGAGCUAUGGAUCCUUUGAAGGGCCAGAUCGUUUGAAAAACUCAGCUGUUCUGUGGAUAGACGAGGUUAAAGAGGAUUACUUCGUUGCUUGGACUUUCAGUCAGCACCACUUGUUCACAUACAAGAAGGGAGAUGAUUCUUGGUCGAAUGUUAAACCUCGAGGAGAAGGCAGCGAGUCGGUUUUUCUUGACAUAGCUUAUAAGAACAGCAAGCUUUACGUGUUGACAACUAAACAGAAAAUCAAGAUUUUCGAUGUUUCUAAAGAAGGAAACCCUAGAGAAGAGAAGAAGAAGAACCCUUAUCGUAAACAUCCUUUUCGAUUCGAUGAGAAGCCGAGGGAAUUCGUUUGGAAGAGGAAAAUAGCGAUUCAGAGAUCAGGAGAGGUUUUGAUCAUCUUGAGCUUAAAAGAAAAGAAAUAUGAUGAAGAGAAACUUUUGUUCUACGUAUUCAAGAUGAAUCGCGAGAGCUGCGAGUGGGAAAGAGUGGAUUCUAUAGGAGAUGGAGAGAUGGUGGUUUUUGGUCAUGGGGUUACACUAAGAGCACCUGUUGAAUGUUGUUUUACUGAAGGGAUCAAGAGUGAUUCAAUCUGUUUCGUUGAAGAUGAUGUUUGGCCUGAUAAUCAAGAUCAUGAAGAUCGUGCUUCGGAUUGUGGUGUCUUCGACAUGGCUACUGGUAGAAUCGAAUGGCCUAAGAAAUCAUGUUUUUAUAUAAACGAAGCUCAGUGGUUUGUUCCAGGAGUUGAUUAUGACUAUAGUCGUUUGUUUUAA